AUGCAGUACCUAAAAAUAACCAUGGUGUGGAAUAUAUAUUACAUAUCCCUGGUGUUAUUUUCAGCAUCCUUGAUUCAGCAAGCUUCUUCUCAAGAUUUAUCAAGCUGUGCAGGGAGAUGUGGGGAAGGGUAUUCUAGAGAGGCUCCCUGCCAUUGUGAUUAUAGCUGUCUACGCUACAUGGAGUGCUGCCAUGAUUACAUGAGGUUCUGCACAGAGGAACUCUCCUGUAAAGGACGCUGCUUUGAAACUUUUGUAAGAGGGAGAGAAUGUGACUGUGACGCAGACUGCAAAAAAUAUGGGAAAUGCUGUCCAGACUAUCCGAAACAUUGUGAAGAAGCACUUACUACAAAAUCAUCAUCCAGAACAGCUCCUUUGGUCACCAAAACAACAGCCAAACGGUCAUCUAAAAAUUCAAAGAAGCAGCAGCCAAAGAAAGUAGUACAAUCCCAUGAAGUUAUGGAAGAGCAAUUUUGUUGUAAACUGUACAUUAGCUUCUUACACAUCUUAUUUUGCAUGACUUUCUGUUUUCACCAAUUAUUUUACUUGACUACAGAACAUUCGGAAUCUGAGAAACAAAAAUCUUUUUUCUCAUCGUCUUCCUUGUUGUCAUCCACAACAAUUCAGAAAACAAAGUCUUCAUCAAGAAAUCCCAAGCAAGACUCAAAAAACAGAAGAACUUCAUUCAGGACUGCUACGUCUGAUGAAAUAAGAGAGAUUUCUGAGGAGACUGGCAGUGGAUUGGACAAUGUGGGUACCAGGCCAGCUCCUACUUCAAAGCGCCCUGACAGAAAAAUUCCAAGACAAGGAAAUAAAGAUCCAACAGCAGCUCCUUUGUCAGAAGAACAUUUUAGCCAGACCCCUGCCUCCCAGCCAGAUAAAGUUACUAUGCCCUUCAAAAUGAAUACUACAAAGACAGUAAGUCCAAAGACCAACAUGCAACCUACUACUACAAGUAUGGCUAAGAUUUCAGCAUUAACUAAUGCAAGUCAUGUCACUAAAGCUAAAGACAAAAGUACUACAUCUAUGAAAAAUGCCACAACUACUACAGCUAAAGGGAUGACCACAGCUAAGAGAGAAAAAACUACUGUAGUGAUAGAGACAACAACAAUUUCUAAGAAAUACACUACAAAAACAGCUCAAGAGCCAACUGCUAAAAGUAACACAACUACUGUAGCUAUGGAGGUAACAACAGCUAAAACAGACAUGACUACAGAAGCUAGGAAAGCAACAACAGCUAAAAGUGACAGAACUAGUGCUGCUAAAAUGGCAAUGACAACAGGUAAAAGAAUCACACCCACAGCAGUCACAGAGAAGACAACAAAAGAGAAAAAUGAUAUGACUACUGCAGCUAAAGAGACUAUAACAACAACAGAAAAGCAAGGCACAACAACAACAGAUAAAACAAUACACAGAAAAGACACAACUACUGUAGCUAAAGAUACCGUAAUGACAACAGAUGAAAGAGACCUAACUACUCUGGGCAAAGAGACUGUAACAACAACAGAAAAGAAAGACACAACAACUACGACAGAUAGAGAAACAAUAACCACAACAGAUAAAGAAGUCACAACUAUUGCCGAGAGAGAGACUGCAACAGCUAAAACAGUCACAGCUGCAGCUAAAGACACUGUAAAAACAACAGAUAAAGACACAACCACAGCAAAUGAAGACAUUAUACUGACUCCAGAUGAAAAAGACUUAACAACUAAAAAAGACACAAUUACUGCAGCGAGGAAGUCUGUAACAAGAGCACCUAGAACAGACACAACUACAGAAAUUAAAGACACUGUAACAACAGCAGGCAAAAAGGAUACAUCUACUGUGGACAAAGAAAACAUGCCAACAGAUGAAAGAGACAAAACAACCACAGGUAAAAAAGACACAACGACCAUGGACACAGAGAUUGUGAUGACUACAGCUGAAAGAGACACAACAGAUAAAAAAGACACAACUACUGCAUAUAGAGAGACUGUAACAUCAGCUAAAACAGCCACAACUGCAGCAGCUAGGGAGACUGUAACAAGAGCACCUCACACAGACACAACUACAGAAACUAAAGAUACUCUAGCCACCACAGGUAAAAAAGAAACAUCUACUGUGGACAAAGAGACUGUAAUGACAACAGAUGAAAGAGACAAAACAGAUAAAGCCACAACUACUGCAUACAGAGAGACUGUAACAAUUAAAGCUAAAACAGUAACAACUACUGCAGCUAAAAAAUCUGUAAUGACAACAGCUAAACUGGACACAACAGCAGCAGCUAAAAAGACACAAACUACCACUAAACAGACCCCUACUGCUGAUGAAGUAACAACUGUGGCUAUAGACCUGACAACUGCAAAUAAAGAAGAGACUGAAGAUAACAGACAGAAAACUACAGCUACCAAAGAAACAACAACUGAAGAGAAAAAAGAGUUAACCAUUGUUAUCAAAGAGAGAACUACAGAGGACUCAAAGGGCAUGACUACUGCAGCCAAAGAGAAAACUAUGAAUGAAAAAAAAGAGAUAAGUACUGUUCUCCAAGAGACAACUACAAGUGAUACAACAGAAAUAACUGCUGUUGAUAAAGAGAUAACUCUAGUUGAUAAAAGAGAGAUAACUGCUGUUACCAGAGAGACAACUAUGGCAAAUAAAAAAGAAACAGAUGUUGUCACUAGAGACACCUCUACUACCAAUAAAAAAGAAGUAACAACUGCUACCGAAGAGACAGCUACAGUGGAUAAAAAAGAGAAAGCUUCUGAUGAUAAACAGGCAACUACAACAGGUAAAAUAGACACAACUGCCAGUACUAUCACUAAAGAAACACUGACUGUCUCUGAAGAGGUGUCCAUUACAGCUAAACACUCCCAGGAAAGACCUGUGUCACCAACAGAAGAUAAACCUGGUACCAGUGUCACUCAAAUCCCACCAGUAAAAGCCACCAUUGAACCUGAAAAAAACACUAAGUCUGCAAUACAAAUUACUGCUACUCAACCCAUAAACCUUACUACCUCUCAACCUAAAGACCUCACUGAAACAAAAGUCCAUUUUGAAACCACGAAAGAAACUUCUAUUGUUACUAAAAGAUCUACAGCAACUUCCAUUUCCAAGGAGACUAUUGAAACCAAAGACAUCUCUGAAAAUACAUACACUAGAGAUACUACCACCCAGAAAAACACAACACAGUUUCCAACUGAAAAAUUUCAAACUUCCAAGAUCAUCAUCAGCCCUUCUUUGGCUCAGAAACCAGCUACCCAUCCAGUCACUCCUGAGCAGGAGAAACAUAGAGAUCAUUCAAGUCCCACUACAAUUAAUCCAAUGACUCUUACAGAAAGUAAUUUCCCCCUCAGAAACACAGAAAACCCUAAAGAAACUACUGUUCCUUAUGAGGGACCCAAUCAAAAUCCUACCUUUUCCAAACAAGUUAACUCUAUAGACUACCCAGCAAUCUUAUUCACAACUUCUGUUGCUCCACUGAGAGGUACAUCUAAUGACAAUGAUGAAAACAACAGGUUGGAGACCAUUACGAAAAUAACAUGGACAACAACAAAAUCUAAUUCAGCUAUCCCUCAAAAACAACAAACAACAUCACAUGGUAUUACAACUAAUACCAGCAUUGAUCUUGUUUCAAAUAAAGAAAUUACCAAGGAAAGUCCAAUAGCUAUGAACACAAAUACUUCAGUAAAACAUACAAUAGUGUCUUCAACCUUUAGAGCUGAGAAGGAUAUGCAUCAUACCUCCACCUUGCCAGGCGGAUUCAUAACCACAAGGACUGAAGAAAGAAGAGAAGUCACACAUUUGCCCACUAAAACAUACUCAUCAAUAUCUUAUUCAACUAAAGCUCCUGAAAGAAGCCCUGCUAUACACACAGACUCCAAACUACAGGGCAAUAUCAACACAACUGUAUUUUACAAAGAUGAACAAGCUAAGAAUUUGUGUAACGGAAAGCCAGCAGAUGGAAUUGUUGCUUUACCAAAUGGAACAUUAGCUGUAUUCCGAGGUCAUUACUACUGGCUGCUGGAUUCAUCUAGGCAGCCAACAGUGUCCCCUCGUAAAAUCACUGAGGGAUGGGGUAUUCCAUCCCCCAUCGAUACUGUCUUUUCCAGAUGCAACUGUGAUGGCAAAACUUUCUUCUUUAAGGGUUCCCAAUACUGGCGUUUCACUAAUGAUGUGAAGGAUGUGGGCUAUCCCAAACAAAUUGCAAAAGGAUUUGCAGGACUAAGUGGGAAAAUAGUAGCAGUUCUUUCAGUAGCACAGCACAACAACAGACCAGAAUCUGUGUAUUUUUUCAAGAAAGGUGGCAGCGUUCAACAUUAUAUCUACAAUCAAGAACCAGCCAAAAAGUGCAAAAAGAAAGUAUAUGUUAGGUACCCAGCUUAUACACCCAGAGCUGUGAUUAAGAGGAGACGCUUUCAACGUGCAGUAAGAUCAGCAAUCAUGUACCGCACACCAGUCACGUACCACACUCUCAGAAUCAACCAUAAUCCAUCUGGAAUAUUACAUCAUGAGGUUAAAAUAAAUUCUUACUGGAGAGGAUUUCCAAAAACAGUUCACUCAGCUAUAUCAAUACCUAACUACAAAAGGCCAGAUGGCUAUGACUACUAUGUUUUCUCUAAAGAUCAAUACUACAACGUGGAUGUGGCCAGCAGAAUAGCAAGAUCAGUUACCUCUCAGAUUGGGCAGACAGUAUCCAAGGACUGGUAUAAGUGUCCUAAAAAUGAUUUCUAAGACCAGAUUUUAAAGAAAGAAGCCAUUUUAAUUUGAGUUUGUCUAAUUUUAUUAAUAAAGACAUUGAAAUAUGCGCACAUCAAUCUACGUACAAAACGCUGCUUUUAGCGCUGCAACCAUUACACUAAAGCAGCAGUAGCCCAUUUGGCAGUCUGUAUACACAGCCUCAAUUACUUUACAGAACUUUUAACUAAUAUUGCCUCUGUUUAGGCCUCCUCUGCCUCCCAUUGCAUGAGUUACACCUGUGUAGGGAAAGAGACGAGUAUUAAUGCAAGUACUCUUCCCCACUCCAAUAAUCAAACAUAGUCAGUUUGCUACUUUGUUUGGUGAUGAGAUGAAUGUGCAGGGGAAUAUUCUGUUAGCGAUCUCUCUCUCUGUGUGUGAUGGCCUAGCACCAAGAGGUAACUACUGUGGACUUUCAUUCCAUGGGGGAGAAGAGUCACAACCACAGCAUGCUCAAUUCUGGGUGGAGAGGGUUACCCUCCCUUUUCACCGGCCACCCUUUUGGUUAAUGUGCGACAAUAGAUGGGAUUGCAAUGGAAAUCCCUUCUAGUUCUAUGAGUGCAUUUUUUAUGGUUAGAUCCACAACAUCUGAAUGUUUACAGACAUAUCAGUGCUAGCACCAAUGCAUGCAGAAUAUUUAAUAUUUAUGUUGAUGAAUACAUUUAAUCUGGGUAGGGUUUUUUUAAUGUGGGGGCUGUUAUAGUUAGUUAAUCAUUAGUAGCAAUCAAAGUAAAAUCUGGAGAAUACUAACAUAAUAAGCUUCUGUAAUUUCAAUCAUUUAAUUUUCUUUAAAAAGCAGCAUAGUAAUUCCAGACAUCAUCUCAAUGAAAAUCUUAAAUUUGAAAUAGGAAAAUUGUGUUAGGAGUAAUCUUAAAGAUCAGAAUUGUAUCAUAUCAAGCUUAUGUCCUAGCGAUAAAUUAUCAAAAAAAAGUAAGUUUAAAAUCUACUGCAAUUUAUACACCUUCUAAAAUCAGAGCCAGGAGCUCCAGAAGGAAGACGUUUUCUGUAAUCUUUUUGCCUGUCAGCCAAAUGAAUGCUUUGGAUAAUAUUUAUUAAAAGCUCUGUGGGGCAGGGACUCUGCAUUAUUCAGUGUCUCAUCAUGUAUAUUUAUGGUGGCACAAUAGAUAUCCAGUUUCAAAAGGGUUAAGAAAAUUAAGAGGUUAUUUGAAAGAGUACAUACAUAGUCACAAUAAUUCUAGCAUUGACAGUCACUUACCCCUCUGUCUGUUAAACUGACGACCACGGACACCAGUUCUUAAUGUUGGUGGCUGAAGUCUGACACGCCGGAAAGGCUUUGGCUGAUUACUGCUUGUGUCUGUAGAGAAGGAAGAGUUUCAGAAAGAAUGUAUAAAACAAUACUAUAUUACUGCAGUAUAAUUUGUAACUGUUAGUGAGUCCAUCACUUAAGUUUAACAUACAUUUGUACUUGUCUUUCAUAUUUUAAAAACUUGAGGGUGCAACAUAUUUCAUUAACAUUUUCUCAAAUAAUAAUAAUAAAGCCUCAGAUUGAA